UUCCCAGUCUAUUUUUCAUAGAAGGUCUUUGAAAUAAAAAAAAGAAACAGUUCAACAGAAAGAAGAAGAAAAAAGGAGAGGUUAUUUUUUUAAACAUGGCGGAUCACGUCAUGGAGUCGGAUGAUAAUAAACAAACGAUUUCAAAAAGUGGUAAUAAACAAUGGGUAAAGUUAAAUGUUGGUGGAACAUAUUUUUUAACAACAAAAACAACUUUGGCAAGGGACCCAAACUCAUUUUUGUACAGACUGAUCCAAGAAGAUAGUGAUCUAAUUUCAGAUAAAGAUGAAACUGGUGCUUAUUUAAUAGACCGGGAUCCAAAUUAUUUUUCACCAGUUCUAAAUUAUCUUAGGCAUGGGAAGUUGGUGAUUAAUAAAGGCUUGGCUGAGGAAGGAGUGCUCGAAGAGGCAGAAUUUUAUAAUAUUGCAGAACUAAUCACUUUAAUUAAAAGGAGGAUAGUGCAUAGGGAGGGUAAACCUAGUAAAGAUGGCAAAAAGCAUGUUUAUAGAGUUCUACAAUGCCAUGAGGAUGAACUUACUCAGAUGGUGUCUACCAUGUCAGAUGGUUGGAAAUUUGAGCAGUUAAUAAAUAUUGGCUCUCAGUACAAUUAUAAUGCGGAUGAACAUGCCGAAUUUUUGUGUGUAGUAAGCAGAGAAUGUGGAAUACGAGAUUGCCCUGAAAUUAAAAGUGAUAGAGAAGAUAGGGCUAAGGUUCUACAACAGAAAGGUUCUAGAAUGUAGUUUGUAAUGUGUUAGAUUGAAGGGAGGUUGUUUUUAACCUAGACGUCUCUAAGACUGUCGUAUUUUACAAAAUUCAUGUAUGCAAAAUCUAAAUAUUGGGAUUUAACUGCUCCUUGAAUACAAAUAUAAGACAGAAACAAAUAUUAAAAUAGCAAUAUUUCUAGUUCGCCUAGUUUUUCUGUAAACUUUCACACCACCUCUCUCUAACGUCAAUUAUAUAUUUUCAAUAAUUCCUAUUUAUUUCAAUAAUUCCUAUUAUUUUUUAUUUUUGUAAAAUAUCUUUUUUUUAACCCAUUUUAGAGUUUGUACGUUUGCGAAAAAUAUAAAUACAGGAUGGUUAAUUAAAAAUACUGUCAACUGCUCCAUAUUAUUUCCAAAAAUAUGGCACCUAUUAAAAAUCAGUAUAGAAAAUGUUGCAGAAAUAAAAUUAUUAAUCUAGUAGAAACCAUGACAAUGUACUAAAGCCUUUUGUGAUAUUAUAAAAAUACUGUCUUCAUAUUCAGAUAUUAACACUAUAUUAUUUUCUGUAUCGGUGACAAAAUAUUGUAAUUAAUUUUCUAGCAACUAGCUCUGAACUAUAAUAAAAUUUUAUGUAAAAUAUGACAGUUUAAUAUUUUUUUCUUAUUUUUUUCCUACUCUGUAUCUG